AUGUGUUGUGGGGUUGUGAUUACAGAAACAACUAUAUCGUCAUCAAACAAAACAGAGUAUUUAAUGACAACAGCGCCCAGUAUGAUUUCCAAAGAUAUUCUCCUUCCGGUUGGUUGGGAAGGUAUGUGUGCUUUAGAGAAUAUCAAUGGAACCAAUGCCUAUUUUAAUUGUGUCAUUGGUACUGAGAAUUCCGGCAUGUGGCGCCUCGACACUCUACGAGACUGGAUAGUGACGUCAUCAUUCCAGUACCAUUUUCAUCUUCAUUGUUCUGAUUGGUCCAACGUGUCCAUUCCUUGGCCGGUAAAGGCAUUGCACCUGAUCAGUUUGGAGGUCAGGGAGUGUUUAAUCACUGAUUUCCUGUCGGAAUCGUCAUUUAAAGAUCCGUCCACAACAGGCAUUGUUGACCAACUAACUGAUUUGAAAUUCGUCGACAGUCAAAUAUUAAUCAAUAUUUUCAAACUUAUUAAUUACAUGAACAAUAUUGCUAGUAUGUCGAAAGAUUUCAUUUGCGGACAUGAAGAUACCAUUGUUGACGUUGCUCUUCGAAACAUCACAUAUACAUUCGAUGAAACCAAUAUGAUGGAUUUCUUAGCUUCUUUUGACGAGGAGGAAGAAAGUGCACUAAAUGUAUCCACGCCUGCUCCGGAAAAUUUCGGAAGUAAAAUAAUAGAUGCAGGAAAAACGUUCUUGGACGAAAAUAGAAAAAUACAACACAAAUGUGACUAUUCUAAACUUAAAUAUAUCGACCAAAGCAUAAGUGCUACCAAGUCAAGAUAUCAUAUUGAUGUUUUGACAGAAAAUUCUUUUUUCAAGGAAGUCCGUAUAUAUAAUAUGUCACGAACAAGAAUGAGUUUAUUGAAUUCGAGAUUCAAAACAUGGUGGAUGGAUUUUCCUAAAUUGGAAUAUCUGGAUCUGUCUUACAAUUUAAUCGAUACUUUUGACGUUGACCCAUCUGCAACUGCUUGGGACUUACCACUGCUUCAUGUCAAUGUUAGCCAUAACAAUAUUACUAGGAUAAACACUAAUUUCAUCUCUAAAUUAGCCAAACUUUCGUCGGUAAUGAUCCUAAACCUUGAAGGGAAUCCAUUUCAUUGUGACUGCAGCCCCGACAUGGAAAGUGUUGUUGACCUUGUACAAAAUAAUGACGUCUGGAACAAUAAGUUAUACUCACCAUAUGCGUACAUUCGUAAUUUAAAAUGCGCUACUCCCAAAAGUGCUAAAGGAAAAACGUUUUUAAGUUUGACACGAACCGAUCUGUCGUGUGAGAUAACGUCAUAUGCACCGAUCAUCAUUUUAAGUGUCGUAGUUGUGUUUCUCGUCGUUUUGAUCAUUGUAAUGACACGAUACCGACGUGAAAUUCAAAUUCUAACAUACACAAGGUUCCAUCUGGUAUUGCCUUGUCAACCACGCGAGAGCUAUCAAAAUAAGAUGUAUGAUGCUUUUGUGUCAUAUAGUAGUGAAAACGAAGGUUGGGUGAUAAAAACAUUUCAAGCUCUUGAAGAAGAAGAAAAUAAUAAAGGAUUCAAUGGAUACAAGUUCCGAUUUUGUCUCCAUCAACGGGAUUUCAUUGCUGGCAAAACUAUAUUUGAUAAUAUCAUUGACAGUGUAGAAGCAAGUCAUCACACUGUUAUCAUACUUUCCAAAUAUUUUCUCAACAGUCACUGGUGUAUGUAUGAGUUCCAGGAAGCCUUUCAGCAAAGUAUCAUGGAGAGGAAACGACAUUUAAUUGUGGUACUUAUGGAAGAUAUCCCCGAUGAUGAAAUGCCAAAAGAAUUAAAACGGUGUCUGAAGACGUUUACCUACAUUAGGAAGGACGAUGCUAUUUUCCAUGAUCGCCUUAUAUAUGCUUUAGCCUUUAAGGGUCGAAAACCAGUCGCAGAUGCUCUACCUGAGCCGGAAACUCCAACAAUAACAAUGGAGGACAAGUUGAGUGAAAUAAACGGAUUUUACAAUAUAGGGUUGGAACCUGAUCAUGUGACGGUGUAA